AUGUACCCCGUCUUCUACCCCGUCGCCUCGUUAUCACAAAUUCAAUGCACACCUUCGAGAUCAGAUGGGUUGCCCGAAGAACUUGAAGCGGACCUGAGGGCCUUUGGGUGCAAGCUCAUCCAUGAAGCUGGUAUCCUUCUCAAGCAGAAACAGGUCGCUGUAGCCACAGCACAAAUACUAUUCCAGCGUUUCUGGUUUGUGACUUCGAUGAAGCAGUUUGGUAUUGGGGAUGUAGGGAUGGGCGCUCUCUACCUCGCCUCGAAGCUGGAGGAAUGCCCGCUUCGCAUGCGGGAUCUUAUCAACGUUUACGAUCUGCUUCUACAACGGACUGUGCACAAGCUGAGCAACAGCAAUACCGAAUUCAAAUACGCCGCGAUGUCAUAUUUCGGGAACACAUUCUACGACCUCAAGGAUGCGCUUGUUGUCGCCGAGAUGCAAAUAUUGAAGCGGCUAGGGUUCAAUGUCAAUGUCGUACUACCAUAUGGCACGCUCAUCAACUAUAUGAGAGUGCUAGGGCUUACAAACCACGAGGAUGCGUGUACGAAAGCUUGGGGAUACCUGAAUGACGCGCAUCAAACCCCGAUAUACGCGUUGUAUCCUAUACCGACGAUUGUCAGCGCUGCGAUAUUGCUUACAGUGCGCCACCUGAACAUCGCCUUGCCCUCAACGCCGCCGAACUGCUGGUGGGAGUUGUUUGAUGCGGAAUGGGAAGAUAUUUGGGACAUCUGCGGGCACAUAAUGAGGCUCUACCGCAAGAGGACACGAGAAGAUGAAGAACGGGUUUGGGGGAUGCUGAGCAAAAAGGAUGUCCGCAAGUGGCUGGAAGAACAUCCCCCGGAAGAGCAGGUUGAUAUGCCGCCAUCCUAG